AUGGUGGAUCGGCUUACUGCUGAUAAACUUAUCACAACAGAUUUAGAGAUUUCCAUCUUCUUCCCUUCCCCCCCCCCCGUCUCCUCCGCAGGGCUGAAGAACCGCGAGGUGACCAUCAACGUGUCGCGGCAGCAGGUGGAGGACUUCCACGGCCCCGAGGACUACUGGUGCCUGUGCGUCGCCUGGAGCCACCUGGGGACCUCCAAGAGCCGCAAGGCGUCCGUCCGCAUCGCCUACCUGAGGAAGAACUUUGAGCAGGACCCGCAAGGCACCGAGGUGCCGCUGGACGGCAUGAUAGUGCUGCACUGCCGGCCCCCGGAGGGCGUGCCCGUGGCCGAGGUGGAAUGGCUGAAAAACGAAGAACCGCUCGACUCCGACUCCGAAUCGAGAGGCGCCCACAGCCUCGUCGUCUCCGAGGCCCGGCUCUUUGACUCCGGCAACUACACCUGCGUCGCCAGCAACAUCGUGGCGAGGAGACGCAGCGCCACCGCCACCGUCGUGGUCUACGUGAACGGCGGCUGGUCGUCGUGGACCGACUGGUCUCCGUGCAACGUGCGCUGCGGCCGCGGCGUGCAGAAGCGCUCCCGCACCUGCACGAACCCGGCGCCGCUCAACGGGGGGGCCUUCUGCGAGGGCAUGUCGGUGCAGAAGAGCACCUGCAGCACGCUGUGUCCAGUGGACGGCGCCUGGGCCGAGUGGAGCGGGUGGUCGGCGUGCGGCUCGGACUGCGAGAGGCAGCGCGGGCGGGAGUGCGUGGCCCCGGAGCCCAAACACGGGGGCCGGCUGUGCGACGGCGUGGCGCUCGCCGCGGACAACUGCACCGGCGGCCUGUGCACGCAGAAUCGGAAGUUGCCGCACGACGCCGAGCCACAGGGCGUGGAGAGCAGCAGCGGCGGCGGCGACGUGGCCCUGUACUCGGGCCUGGCGGCCGGGGUGGUGGCGGUGGUGCUGCUGGUCGUCGGCGUCACGCUCUACCGGAGGAGCCAGAGCCAGUACGGCGUGGACGUCAUCGACUCCUCCGCCCUCACCGGCGGCUUCCAGUCCUUCAGCUUCAAGACCUGCCGCCAAGCGAACCCCCUGCUCAUCAGCUCCUCCAUGCAGCCCGACCUGACGGUGUCGCGCACCUACAGCAGCCCCAUGUGCUUUCAGGACGCCGUCGACAAGGAGCUGAUGGCCGAGCGCUCUCUCCUGGACCCGUCGCCCGAUCUAAAGGUCAAAGGGGAGGCGGAGAGGGCGGAGUACCACGUCGUGUCCCACCCACAGACGUUCCCCAGGGGCCCGGCUCCGGACUACAGAGGCGUCGCGGUCGGCGUGACGCUGGGCCGGAGGGGCCAAGACCUCCCUUCGGCCCCCGGGAGGCCCCUCCACCGGGCCACCGCCGUGUUUGGCCAUGCCGGGGGCCGCCUGGUGGUCCCCAACACGGGUAUCAGCCUGCUGGUGCCCCACGGGGGGAUCGCCCAAGACACGACGUGGGAGACGUACGUGGUGAUCCACCAGGAGGACAGCAGGUGAGCGAGGGGCUGCUGUCUUUUGAUCCUCCCGAUUCUGUCUCUGCGACUUUGGUUUCACUCGAGGUUAAAACGGCGAAGCUCGUGGAAACUUCCCCCCCCCCCCGCUGUCAUUGAAGUGGUCAAAGGUGGCCCGUGGGCCUCGGUUCAGCUGCUCCCCUCCACCCCCCUGCUGCUGUGCCCCGAUAAGGUGCUG